UUACUUUAAAAAAAAACUUAAUAAAGUAAAAAAUAAAAACAUCGAACACGCCAUGAAGUAUAUCACGUGACUAAAUGUUUGUGCUUCCGGUUCCGGCAGUGAAACAAGAACCGCGAGUCUACGUACAUGCCAGAAAAGAAAAGAAGGGACAUUUAUCAUAUUUCACCGUUAUAAUGACAUGUCGGCAGACCAAAUGGAUCCCGCCGAAGAGCUCCCGUCUAUGUUGUGGGGAUUGGACCCGAUAUUUUCUGCCUUCGCCAGGCUUCACGUCAGAGACAUCCUCCUCAUGACAGAGUCCUCUCAAGUGCCAGAUAUUUACUUUUACAAAUCCCAUCCCAUCUACAAAGUGGAUGUGCUUGGGACAGUCGUGUACAAGAGGGAAAGAGAGGACUUCUUCAAUUACGGAGUGGACGAUAGCACCGGUGUCAUCAGCUGCCUGUGUUGGAAAGAUGACCUACUUAAGGAAGAGGUGGAUUAUGAUAAAUGGGGGACGAAGCCGAGUGAUGAGGAUCAGGGAGCAUUCAAUCCAAUUGCUGAACUGAAAAAGCUGAAGCAGGCCCAGCAGAGCCGGUGCCAUCUGGAGAUUGGAGAGCUUCUGCGAGUCAGAGGGCCGGUGAAGACGUCCCGGCAACAGAGGGAGAUCAUAGCGUUCACCUACUAUAAAGUGGACGACCCGGCGAUGGCAAGCCAAAUAGACUGGAUGACGAAUGUUCUUCAGCUGUACAGACAGUUCUACGACAAACCACUCCACCUAGAACCCAAUGUCACGAGCGAUUGUCCGAUGAGUUCCCUUAGUAAGGCAACGCAAAUCUUGAAGGAUUUUCUCCAGCAGAAGCGUGUGAGCAAGUUCACACCCUAUGACGUUCAAGACCUCCUGCAGCCUCUUUUCCUCAACCGGACUGAAACAGCAUCUGCAGACCAGGAAGCUGUGGCGGGUCCGUCCACAUGUCAGCAGCUGGGUCAGCUCCUUAAAGAGACCCUGCAACUCUUACAGGAUGAGGGCCUCGUGUACUGCAGGUUAAAGUCCCAGGAUGAAGUCUAUUUUGUGACAGCGCAUGAUAAAGAUCUUCUCAUGGCGGUGAAAGACAUAAUCAGGGAGGACUCCAAAAGAGAGAAGUUCGGAGAGAAGGGUUGCCACGUCCUCCACAUUCUGUCCGCAGUCAGGCAGCGCCACAGCCUCAACGUGAGCAAAGCGGCCCUCGAGCUGGUCCUCCAGUCAUUGGAGUGCAACAGUGACAUUGUCAGCACCCGAGAUAAUCAUUACACUAUGUUUUAGGCUCUAUGAGA